GUGUCUCCCCAGCUGCAGCAUCCAAGUGCUGAAGUGAGAGAGUAUGCCUGUGCCAGUAUUUCCAAGCUGUUGCAGCAGAAGCAUGUAAUCCCAGCCUUUCUGCAGAGAGACGUUGUCCGAUGUUUAGGACCAUUGUUGAUGGAUCACAGUUUAGCUGUUCGUGAGACAGCUGCAGGUGCUCUCCGAAAUCUGAGUGCUUGUGGAGGAUUUGAAGUCUGUGAUGACAUGGUGACAAAGGACAUCAUGACACCCCUUGUAGCACUUCUGAAAGAGUGUAGCACUGGACUAGAUGCUAACCAGCUCUCUCCAAAGAAAUGCAGAGAGAUGAACAAAAAUUAUACUGAAGACAUAGCCAAUGAGGCUAUUAAUUUGCUGUGGAAUGUAUGUGAAUGCAACAAUACUGCGGUAUACAUAUUCAAUAAAGAAGGAUGUCUGGAGGCUGUGUUACAUUGCAUGAAGAAAUUUUCCACGAAUGUGGAUCUGGCUAUUUCAGUAGCAAACUGCUUGCAGGCAGUGACAGAAGAUAAUCCAGAUCUUCUUUCUUCAUUUAAUGCUUCUGCACAACAAGUACUGGAAACAGUGAUGCUGUGUGCAGAAAGCACAAUGAAGCAUAUACUUCUGAGAACACUGAUAGCAGGCACUAUCUGGAAUAUCAAGGAUACCAUUCCACCAGGCAGUCUGGGAAGCAUGGUUAAUGCAAUCCUGAAGAUUUUUUCAGAAUCGUUAGCAAUAGAUGCUGGUGAAACUAUUAUUCGUAUGAAUGAAGCUGAAAAAAACAGGUUAAAACUUGCUGCAGAGGUAGAAACACAUGAAAACAUGAGUGAUGUUAUAGACAACUGUGUUUUGAGUGAAGAUGAUGACAUGGAAGAAAUACGGAAAGGAAAAGUCAGGAGAGAAAAUGACAUUUCAGAUCUACUUCCAUCUGAUAAGUGGGAACUGAGAGAAGUGACAGCUUUACUGAUGGCUCAGCAGACUGCUCUGGAAAUCAUUGUUAAUAUGUGCUGCAGCGAAGAUCCUUCUGAUGAUGAAUGGGAAGAACUCUCCAGCAGCGAUGAAAGUGACUUGUUUAUGGAAAACUCAUACAAUGAGGGGAGUGGGCUGCUAAUGUCACCUCUGUGCCUCUCUGAUGAGGUUAAUUCAGCGUUUCUGAACAACCUCAUUCCAAAGAAGAUUCUUGAAAAAACUGCUUUUCCGAACAGUGUUGCUCUAGACAUCUGUAUGCACAAUCCGUCUUGGAAACCAUUGAUUACAAAACUGAAUGCAGUGCAGUGUAGAGCUUUAACAUGUCUUCAUAGCAUUUUGUUAGUGUCAGAUGUGGAUUGUCUUGGAGGAGCUUCAGCACUUCAGUCCCUUGCACAACAUCUCUCACAGCUAGUCUUUUCUAAAACGGAACUCCCUACAGACAUAGAAUUCCUGGAAGCCAUAACCAGCGCUUUAAGGGCUCUCCUACAAACAAUGGCAUCAAAGAACAUCUCCCAGUGUAUGACUCCUGAGCAGCUGCUGACUUUAUGUGAAGCUGGUAUUCACAGCAGCAAUACCAGUGUUAGAGUGAACGUAGUGAGCAUCCUUGGAAUUUCUGGCAGUGUCCUGGCAAAAGGACAAGAUACAGCUGAAACACUAAAGAUGAUUGGAAAAUUUCUUCUUGAGGUUGCUAUGAAGGAAUCUUCUCUUGUUGUAGCAGGGGAAGCCUUGGAUGCACUUUUUGAUGUAUUUGCAGAUGGCAAAGAAACAGAAAAGGCAUCGGUACAGAUCAGGUUGCUUCCAGCACUGAAAGAAUUUCAGCCAGUGUUCAAAAUGAGGAUACGAAAAGAAGGCAAAGGACAAUAUAGUACAGAUCAACUGUGUGUUCUUGACAAUGUGAAGAUGAAUUUGAGAAGAUUUAUUGCUUAUCAGGAGACACUAGGGAAAACCCCAACUUGAAACAUCGAGGAACUUUAAACUAAGGUUUCCCUUAUUGAAUAAUGUUUUUCAAAAAUAUAACCAUUUUGAACUUCUAAAAUUUAUUGAGCAGAGCAGUUUUGCUUUCAUGUUAAUACUGCAUUUUUUAUGUUCAGUAUUUUUAUACUUCUGGGUUGAUGCAAUAUGAAAGUCACAUCAGUGUAAAAAAACAUAGCAUACUUUGAGAUUAAGUGUUAACAGUGAUAAGAAUGUGCUCUUGCAGUCCUGAGGUCUGUACAGAGCACCACUGUCAUUGUUUAGAAAUCCUCACGUAUCUUGGUGGAAAACUACAAUUGCAUGAAAAAGUAAUUUAGAGAGUAUUCUCAGUUAUGUGCCAGAUCAAGAAAAAAAAAUUCAAAAGCUCAAGAUACUUUUCAGGGAAUCAAGCAGGGGCAGAAUGUUCAUAUUUGCUAUUUGCUCUUACCUAUUUCUAGAAUUGCACAGGCACUUAUGGCAAACUUCCCAAGAGAAGCAUGUGACAAGUGUGUAGAUUACUGUCAGCUCUUGGAUGUGUUACUUCAUGAGGUUUAUUGAAGAGAAAACGGUUUCAGAUUCAUUUAUGAUAAAUUCAGUAUGAUAGCUUUUUGCUCUGGAAAUCAAUGUAAGAGGAUCCUACACUUACAUGCAGCCUCUGUUUUCACUUUAUUUUGAUUGAUAUUUCUGAAAAUCAAGUCUCCUGAUUUACUUUAUUCCUUGUAAUUCCACAUCAGGAUAAAUUUGAAUUCAGGGAAGUAGUAAACCUAAUAAAAAGUAUUUUUUUUAUGCUGA